AUGUACACAUUUCUGUCACCCUUCUCACUUAUUCCAGAGGGGACGUGGUCCUGGCAAUGGCUGUUGCUCUAUCCUUGGGCAUUAUUGUUUCCCAUCUUGGUAGUAUUGUUUCUCCAUUCGCAUCUGUCUGACCCGCCUAUUGCUGGCCUGUUCUCGAUCCCCAACGCCCUUCCAAUAAUCGGCCAUCUGCAUCUCCUUGGCGACGACCAUGCAAGCGUCUGCGAAAAGCUAUGGCGAACGUACAACAAAUCCGUCUUCCAGAUCCGCCUAGGAAACACAACCGCCGUGGUGGUCAACUCUUUCCAAGAUGCUCGUCGAAUCCUCGUCUCGCACCAAUCUGCACUCAUCGACCGGCCGACUCUGUACACCUUCCAUGGCGUUAUCUCAUCUACGCAGGGCUUCACCAUCGGCUCCAGUCCGUGGGAUGACUCGACCCGUAACAGGCGCCGAGCAGCCGGUACGGUUCUCUCGAGACCCGCGAUCCGCUCAUACCAUGAUAUGUUCGACUUGGAGACCCAUGAUUUGAUUUCCGACACUUAUGCCGAUGGGAAGGGGGGCAAAGAGCUCGAGAUAAGACCGUAUAUCCAACGUUUGGCACUGAAUACUACCCUGACACUCUGCUAUGGCAUUCGCAUGAGAGGUGUGUACGAUGACCUCCUCCGGGAAAUCCUAGAAGUUGGUUCUGCCAUUUCCCUGCUACGGUCCGCCUCGGAGAAUUACCAGGAUUACAUCCCUAUUUUGCGGUAUCUACCAGGAAAUAAAAAGACAGAACGUGCAAAAACACUUCGAAGGCGACGAGACAAAUAUUUAUCUUUUCUACUCGACACUGUCCGAGAAAAUAUCCGGAAUGGCACAGACAAACCAUGUGUGUCGGCUGCCAUCCUCAAGGGAGAGGAAACCCGAUUGACUGACGUAGAGGUCUCAUCAAUCUGUCUGUCGCUUGUGUCCGGUGGAUUCGAGACUAUUCCUGCCACCUUAACAAGCUGCAUCGGCAGUUUGGCUACAGAAGCAGGGCAGAUCUUCCAGGAGCGGGCCUACGAGGAUAUCCAACGGUACUACUCGAAUAUGGAAGACGUCUUCUUAGAAUCCUUCAUAGAGGAAAAGGUCCCGUAUGUGAAUGCGUUAGUCAAGGAGGCGGAGCGAUAUUAUACUGCGUCUGCGAUGAAUCUACCACGAAAGACCACCGUCGAUAUCACCUGGGAUAACGGCGUCGUAAUACCAGCCAAGACGAUGGUGUUGGUAAAUCUCCAAGCGGCGAAUCAUGAUGUUGACCAUUUCGGGAACGACGCCGAUAGCUUCAACCCGGAGCGAUGGCUGGAGUAUCCAGAGAACAUCCCCGUCGAAAGAACCAUCCAAGGCUUACCACAUAUGUCCUUUGGCGCUGGAGCAAGGGCCUGUUCAGGACAAUUCGUCGCCAACCGCGUGAUUUAUACGGCAUUGAUACGUUUGCUGAGUAGCUAUCGAAUUGUAGCGAGCGAGGAAUUCCCACCGAAUACCCACUAUGCGCAUUACAAUGCCAUCAAAAGUGCACUUGUGGCCAUUCCGAGGGACUUUAAGGUCAAGCUUGUCCCCAGGGAUGAGAAGGAAUUGCUCGCUUGUUUAGAUAGCGGGGCCAAAAGGACAGAGCAGCACUAUGUUGUCUAG